AUGAGGAGUGGAGGAGCAUUUGAUGACUAUUCUGACGACGGAGACGGAGACGGCGGCGGCGGCGGCUACGGCGAAGAAGACGUAGGAACGACUGGGUAUGUCGACGAGGUGGAAGUGGAGACACCUGGAUAUGCGGAUGUCGAGGAGGCCAACGAUAACAACUACAGAGAUGCUGAAGGUGACAGUGAAGGCGGCGACGAUGAUCACCCUAACUACAACGGAAGCUCCAAUUCCAGCCAAGAGGACGAGAACCGUAAUGAUAAUGAUGGCAAUAAUGAGCGUGGUGCUUCUAUAUCCAACUACGAAUACAUGAAACCCUGGGGAGGAACACAUGGCUUCAUGCGUUCCUACGGCAUCAAGCGGUCACCGGAGGGAUAUGAGGAGGCGAGGGACUUGGUUGAUACGAUGAAGGAGAUGGCGGAGAAGCAUGAAAACCUCAAGUAA